AUGCUUGAGGACAUAUUUAAAUUGCCUCAUCUUAAAAAGACACUUGAUAGAGAAAAAGCGGUCAAUAGUUACAUCUACAACCGCACCUUGCUCUUGAAUAUGAUGAGAUAUUUCAUGGGCCAAAGAGAUAUGGUUAGACCCACAAAGACCCGAUUUGCAACCGCCUUCAUAACUUUUAAUUGCUUUAGAAAUCAUAAGAAAAAUUUGAAGAAGAUGUUCGCAUCUGAAGCGUGGAACAAAAGCAAGUUCCCGGGCGAGGCGGGAGGAGGAGGAAAUAGUGAAAAAAAGCCUCUUAUGGGGUACAUCUAUGAAGCCAUGGAUAUAGCAAAGGAAAGAAUUGCCUCGUCUUUUAAAAACAAAGAAGACAAGUAUAAACAAUUUUUUGAAAUAAUCGAUAAGAGGUGGAAUUGUCAACUACACCAAGAUUUGCACGCGGCUGGCCACGAAUUGAAUCAGGGAUUAUAUUACAACAACCCGAGCGUGGAAGAUGAUAGUGAGGUGAUUACGGGAUUGAUGGAAUGCAUACAUAAGUUGUCAUUGUCGGAAGAGGAUGAGUUGAAGAUGUACACCGAGUUACCUACAUAUAGAGAUCCGAAUGAUUGGUUGGAGGGGGAAGAAGAUGAUCUUGUAUUUGAGGGUGAUAACUUGACAUGGGAUGUAGUUGCGGAGGCUAUGGGGGUGGAUGAGGAGCCUUAUACUACAAGAAUAACGAGUAGGAGGAAAGAGGGUGCCGAGUCGAGCUCGCGAUCUAGAGGAGCACAAAUGAUAGAUGAAGAUGAAGAGGAAAAUGAUGUUGGGGCUUAUAAAGAGGUUGUAGAAGAAGAAGUGGAUGAUGAGACCAUAUACGAGGAUUUGGACGAUUUGUGA